UAAACAUUUUUAUACAUAUUAAAACAAUCGUUGGAAUACACUUACACAAGCCAUGGCCGAAAAUAUUCCACCCAAUAACAGUAAAUUGACACAGUACAAAGUAGCUGCCAUGCAACCACCACCUUUCAAUAUUGCGGCAGAUUUGCGUACAGAAGCAAACCACCACCAUCCCAUACCUUUGGCAGAGGCAACAAUGGCACCGGAAAUUGGGGUGAAUCGUGAGAUUCUCCCUCAACAUCAGCAACAAAGAAAGGAAGCAGAGUUCGAAGAAAACAUCAAGGAAGAAAUUAAGAGAGAGGAAGAUUACGAUGAAUUGGCAGAUCCUAAUGAUCUAGCAGGUUAUCAAAAAAUUAGUAAAAUUGGCGAAGGCACAUACGGUGUUGUAUUCAAGGCACGACAAAAAGAGACAAACAAACUGGUAGCAUUAAAGAAGAUUCGACUGAAUUUGCAGGAAGGUGUGCCUACUACAACAAUAAGAGAAGUAGCCAUUCUGAAGGAAGUAGAUCAUGAUAACAUUGUCAAGUUAAUUGAUAUGAUUCAAAAAGAUGCUACAAUUUACUUGGUGUUUAAUUUUUCUGAAAUGGAUUUACGUCGAUAUAUGGAUCAUGUGAGAAGACCGGGAUUGACGGCUGGACAUAUAAAAAGUUUCAUGCACCAAUUAUUAAGGGGCUUACACUAUUGUCAUUCACAUCGAAUUCUACACAGAGAUUUGAAGCCACAAAAUUUGUUAAUUGAUCGCCACGGAGUGUUAACCAUUGCGGAUCUAGGACUUUCCAGAGCCUUUGGGGUGCCUAUGCGACCUUACACUCAUCAAGUCAUCACACUAUGGUACAGAGCUCCGGAAAUUUUGUUAGGUAGUGAGCAUUAUUCCACUGCUGUAGACAUGUGGAGUGUCGGUUGUAUCAUGGCCGAAAUGAUGACACUCUCUCCCAUAUUUCCAGGCGAUUCACAAAUCGACCAACUCUUUAGAAUUUUUCAACAUUUGGGCACACCUACAAAAGAAAUGUGGCCUGGUGUUGAACACCUACCUGACUACAAUAUGCAGUUUCCACCGUGGAAAGGAAGAAACCUAAAGAAAGUGUUCGAAAAAAAGUAUCCAAAAACCUAUCUAGAAUUACCAGAUACCGCUUAUGAUUUACUAAGUGAACUUUUGACGUAUGAUCCUGUCACUCGGAUCACAGCACUAAAAGCCGAAGAUCAUUUCUACUUUUAUGACGAUAUUACUAUGCUAGACUGUUAAUUUGAUUUUUUCUUUCUUUUUUUUUUUUUUAGUUUUUUUUUAUUGGGACAUAAUAAAACCAAAACCAUAGAACAC